UACAAAAUAAAACUAACCACAUGUGAGGCAUUAAUGCUUCAUUUCAGCCCGAGACACCGUUUCUGAAAAGUUAAAUCACAGACAGAUUCUUCCAAACAUGGGCUGGACCCACUGCAUCAUUUGGUUUCUGUGUUUGUCAGUGAGUGAGUGCUGGCAGCUGCCCAACACUGAGCCUGUCAUGCACGGACAAAUCCAGUCUCCCCAGUAUCCCCAACCUUACCCUCCCAACCUGCACAAGAAAUGGGACCUCUGGGUUCCCAAAGGCUACCAGAUCCAGCUAUCUCUAACACAUCUGGAUAUUCACACUUCCACAGACUGCAGUCAAGACUCUCUUACAGUUCUCUGUGAUCUAAAGGUCUUGGGGAAGUUUUGUGGGCAGGAAAACUCCACUGACCACCAAGGCCAAAAUCCGAUCCUUUCUCCAAGUAACACACUGACUCUCAUAUUCCAAACAAGUGACUCUACAGCAGAGGUUCAGCAACAUACUGGUUUUUCUGCCACGUUUAAGGCAAUAGACAUAGAUGAGUGUUCAAAAACAGACCCCAGAGAGGAUUCAGGUCUUCUUUGCUCUCAAAUCUGUAUCAACACCCCUGGGUCCUACCACUGCUCCUGCCACAGUGGUUACAAGCUUCAUUUAGACCAACGCACAUGUCUGUUGUCCUGUGGUGGAUGCAUUUUUGACAAGCAUGGAGGAUAUUUGUCCAGUCCCGGGUACCCUAAACCAUCACCUCCUUUUCUGUCCUGCAAGUACAUCAUCUCUGUUGAGCCCAGAUUCAUUGUGACUCUCAACUUCAGUGACAACUUCCACAUUUGGUGCAAAGAUAAUCAGCAAGGCUCAAGCUGCCAAGAUCACUGGCUACAGGUGACCAUUCCAGGCAGCUUAAGCAUGAAAUUUUGUGGAGCAAAGAGUCCGGGUCUGAUAGUUACAAACUCCAGUACUGUCAGGCUGGACUAUCACACUGAGGAGGAAGGUCUGAGCAAUGGCUGGAGUCUGCAGUACAGCACACAUGAGGAAAAAAAAUGUCCACACCCAGGGAGUGUGGCUAAAGGUAGAAUCACUCCUGAUUUAAAUGAAUAUUUUAGUGGAGACUACAUCCAUGUCACCUGUGACCAAGAAUACAAGCUGAUGAUGGGCCAUCAAGAGAUUAAUAUAUUCUCAGCCAUGUGUCAAAGCAACGGGCAGUGGCAACUCCCUCUCCCAACCUGUAUACCAGUCUGUGGCCAGCCAACAAAUCAUAUCAAUGUGUAUCAGAGGAUCAUUGGAGGCAGAGACGCUCCAGAGAAUACAAUCCCCUGGCAUGUGCUACUGAGUGUAGAUGGAGCUAGGGGAGGAGGCAUGGUGAUUGGAGAACGCUGGAUUAUGACAGCAGCUAGUAUUGUAGUAAAUCAGAGACAAACAGUAUCACAUGUACUUUUACGGAUUUUCAUGGGACACAAUGAUAUAGAUACCCUGAAAGACUCUCCUUUGAAUGCUACAUCAGUCCAUGUUCACCCUGAAUACAACAACCCCAACAGUUUGAACUACAACAAUGACAUUGCCUUGAUCAAACUGGAAGAACCAAUCACAUUCAACUCAUCUGUAAUGCCGUUGUGUUUGCCAGCAGAGGGCGCUACAUAUGACACUGGGGUGAUGGGGCUGGUAUCCGGCUUUGGCAUUGCAGACGAUGGCAGUAAGCGGUUCCUAACAAAUAAAUUGAAAUAUGUGCCUCUCCUAGUGGUGGACCAGGAGACAUGCAGGAAUUCAAUCACUUCAGUGAAGAGAACAAGCGGCAACAUCCCAGACCUGACAAAUAACAUGUUCUGUGCUGGAAUCCCUGAAGGUGGAAAGAACUCUUGUCAAGGUGACAGUGGAAGCCCCUUCACUCUGACUGAAAAUGGGCGACACUGGGCUGCUGGGAUUGUCAGCUGGGGGGUUGAGUGUGGACGGCAGGGAACAUAUGGAGUCUACACCAGAGUAGCUAACUAUGUGGACUGGAUCAAGAAGACCAUGCAGGAGAACUAAAAGUUACAAUAAUUCAGUCCAAGAUGUAAACAUAUGAUGAGAAAAAAAU